CAUCUGGUGGUGCUCAGCUCCUUCCUCCGAACGCUCAACAUCCGCCUCAAGCGCAGCCAGGGCAACCUGCUGCACCAGAAGCUGGGCCUGUACGGGGACCCGCUGCCGCCCGCCUUUGUGCCGUCCAAGCUUGGCGUCAACCUGCAGAUCCACGAGCUCUUUGUGGCUCUCAUCGACGACAGGAUGGGAAACCCCACGUCGGUGCUGGAGCUGGCCGCCAAGAGCAUCACCUUUAACGCCAGCAGCCAGAUUCUGGUUGACGGCGGGCCCGAGCUGCUCUCCUGCCGCCUCUCCCUCACCCUGCUCUCGAACUUCCUCAACUCCGGCUUCGAGAUCAUGGAGCCAAUGACAGAGGCGUGGGAGCUGGGCGCUGAAGUCAAGUCCACGGGCAACCACGUGACGAUAGCGGUGGACUCGCACGAGCUGCUGAACGUGAUGUUCACGCCCAUGCAGCUGCGCUCGCUGGGAGACGCCCUCAACUUUUACACCAUGCUCUCCAACUCGCUGCUUCCCGUGCCUGGGGGCAGCAUGCACGGCGGAAGUGACUUUGAUGAGGCCAUGAGCAUGCUGAGAGCACGCGAGUACUUCCCCCAGUCCGCAACUCUUGCAGAGAGGCUGGAGGCAUCGCUGCAGGAGGUGGCGGUGGGAAUGGUGAGCUACAGAAUUGUGAAUCUCUCGGGCCACACGCUCUACUACUGGACAGAGAAAGAGGAGGACAAGUCCAAGACGUACUCGGUGGAGGAGGGCGAGGAGCAGGUGGUGGAGGUGCAGCCGGUGCAGAAGGUGGUCACGCUGAGGGACACGCGCAAGAUCCUCGCGCGCACCAUCUGCGUCAAGCUCAAGGGCGACUGGCUGCCCAUCAACGACAUCGUCAUGGAUAAGGUGGGCAAGUACGUGAUGGACCUGCAGCUGCCCGGGAGCACGGUGGUGCUGCCGGUGGUGUUUGACGUGACGCUCAAGUCGCGCACCAAGAUCAUCACGGUGCACUCCACCAUGCACCUGCGCAACGACCUCGACGUGCCGCUCGUCUUCUUCGCGCUGCUGCCCAGCCCCAGGGAGACCGGCGGCGAGACUGCCAAGUCCUCCUCGCAAGUCUCCAAGUUCUCACUCGGUCCCAUAGCUCCCGAGCAUCAGGUCUUCAUGCCCAUCUUUGCCGCUCUGGGAGGCCAACUCAUGGCUCAAGCACAGGGCUUUGCUCGCGCUGAGAAGGACGUGGUGGCGCUGGAGCCGGAGCACCUGCUGGAGCAGCAGGGCCUGCUGGAGUUUCCCAUCCUGCAGCAAUGCACCCGCUCCCUGCUCGGGGGCGCAGGCAGCAGCAGCAGCCGGCACCUGAGCCACAUCGGCAGCAUGGCACGGAGGCAUAGCGAUGGCGGGGGGAGCUUGAGAUUGAGUGACUAUGGGAGCGUGAGGAGGGGGAGUGUGGGGAACGAAGGAGAGGAUGAUUUUGAUCGGAGCAGUGCUGGAGGGGGUUCUCUGGAGGAGUUUGACACUGCGAAUGAUGUGAGGCGGCCGUUCUACUGCUGCUUGCAAGUGACCUCGGAUCCUCUAGCCCACAGUGCGAGCAGCGGGCUGUAUGAGGAGUUCACUCUCUCUUUCGUGCCCCCUGUGGCCAUCCAAAACGGCCUGCCGUACGACAUUGAGGCGUAUGUCUGGGACGUGGAGUGGGGCACACGGCACAUUGUCUACGUCCCCUCUGGCGAGUCUCAGGACCUCUAUCACGUCAGCUUGGACCACACACUCCAAAUGCACCUUGCGCUCUUUGUGCCUGGGGCGGAGUACAGGACGCGCCGUCGAUACGCCAUCCACUUCCCUCCCAACCCGUUGCUCCAGAAGCAGUUUGGCAGCCGUGCCUUUGCCUACGACGUCCGCAGCCUCCGCCUGGCAGUCAAGUGCCGCCUCUUCCCACAGCACAACCCAUCUGCGUCGCCCAUAAUGCUCUCCAUCGACAACCGCCACAACUGGCAGUCGCGCAACCGCAGCAUCGCGCUGCUCGCGCACUACUGGGUCGUCAACCUCACCAAGUUCCGCCUCAAGCUCUCCACUGGCUCCUCCAACAACCCUCUCGACUGCCCGCGCUACCAGGAGGGCCAGCCAGCCCUGCUCAAUGUGCGCCGGGGGGCGAUCACCGCGAUCAGCUUGGAUGGAUUCCAUUGGUCCAAGUCGAUCUCAAUAGAUUCUGUCGGGAUCAAGGGGUCGGUUGCAGUUGCUGGCCCUGCCUCCACACUCUCACAGCAUCAGCAUCAAACCUCGCAGCAGCAUAGCGGUUCUUCGGCGGGUUCUGCUUUGCUGCGGCAGCACACAACAGAGGAGUGGGAGAACGUUGUGCAGCUGGAUGCUCCUGCUGGCACUGCCUCUCGCCGUGCCACCUCCAUCACACCCUUCCCAACCCUGCGGCGCUUUGAGUUUGGUGUGGAGGUGCGGCUGGCCCCUUCAGUGUGCGAGGGCACGAAGCUGGUGAUCAUCUCGCCGCGCUUCAUGGUGUCCAACCAGACCGGGCAGCCCAUCCAGAUCGCACAGAUUGGCACCACCACUGCUCGGGUUCUGGGGGACAAGAUGCAGCAGCCGUACCACUGGGAUGACGAGAGGCUCGGGCCGUAUCUGGUGGCUCGGUUGCUGAGCAGCGAGCUGGAGGAUGAUGAGAUGGAUGACGAGGAGGAGGAGGAUGAGGAGGAGGAGGCUGACGGGGAGAGCUUUUCCUCUGAGGAGGAGAAUGGUGAGGGGGAGGAGGAGGAUGGGAGAGGGGAGAGAGUGGGGGAGAGGCUCGAGGGACGCAAGGGACACGAGGUGGGUGAAAGGCAGCUGGUGCGGAGGGACACAGAGGAGUCGCAUGUUUCAGACGAAUCCAUGGAGGGCAGCGGUCAGGUGCGAUUGGGGUUGGACGGAGGAGCUGGAGGCGUGGAUGAUGGUGGGGCCAGCAGCAGCAGUCACAUGCUGGCGAUGGGGCUGUCAACGACCCAAGAGACAGCCUCAAGUGGCAGGCUGAGAGGCAGCAUUGGCAGUAACAGGCAGCCCCACAGUGGCGGCAGAAGCAGGCAGGGGGUGAGCAGUAGCACUAGAAAGGAGGAGGAAAGGCGCAGCAGGAGGGAAGAGGGGAGCAGUAGACGCACGGAUGGGAGCAGCAGGCGAUCAGGAAAGAACGGAAGUGGAACGAGUGGCAGCCACACGGAGAGUAGAGCGAGCAGCACAGGGGGGUCUGGAGCGCUGAAGAGGAGUGGGGGAAGGGGGCCGAGGAGCAAGGGGGAGAUGGAUGUGGACUGGGACUGGUCUGGCGCCUUUGAUAUAGACAAGCCGGGGGAAUCUGCAGUGCGGAUUAAACACCGGCACAAGAAGGGCAAGUACGCCAUCAUCUCUAUCGAUGUCUCGCUCAACGGCGCCUCGGCUCUUGUCACCUUUGAUGUCUGCAACUCGAAACACAAGCCCCCGCCCUAUCGGAUUGAGAACCGGUCGGCCUUCAUGAGCAUCAAGUACGGGCAGCUCACCACCGCCACGCGGCAGCGGCUGCCUCCCAACCACUCCACCAGCUACGCGUGGGACCAGCCGCGCAUGGCCCACCUGCUGCACGUUGAGAUCGAGGGCUUCAACAUGACCCGCGAGUAUGACCUGGACGACAUCCGCGAGCUGCCCACCGUCAUUCUCUCCGAAGACGACUUCACCGGCAACACGUCAUUGCGAGACAGGAUGUUUGUGAUGGUGGGGACGCAGGCGCGAGCCGUGGCAGUGUUGUACGUGAACGUGUAUGCGGACGGGGCUACCAGAGUGCUCUCCUUCUCCGACACCAAGCACACCUCCAAGGUAUCGGAGGACGACGAGCGCGCCUCGCUGCAGGAGAAGCUCCAGGUGACGGGCGAGAGAAUCGACUUCGCCCGCAAGGUUCUGCAGCGCACUCGGGCCCUCGCUGGGGACGACUCAGGGGAUGCUUCUGAGGCGGAGCCGUCGUACAUCCAGACGCCUGAGUACAGUGCAACAAUGGCCAGUUUCACGUCCAACAAGUUCCCCUCCCUGCCCGCUGUUGACAGUAGCUCCUCUGGCAGCCACUCUCGCAGCACCGUGCCGCUCCUUCGCAACAGCAAUGCCACUCCUGCCGUCACCACAAACAGCAGCAACCCUGCUGCUGCUGGUUCUGGCCCUACAAUGGAGCACACUGCUUCCGGCACACAUUCGGAGGCCUCCUCCCCUCGCACUCCUCCAGCCACCCUCGACUCUUCCCUUGGCAGCGCUGAUCCCUCAGCUGCUGGUCCAGGGGCUGGUGAUCCUAGCCCCAUGUUCACUCCGCCAAGAAGCCCCCUCCUGCGGAGCACUGCCCUCCUCCCCUCCACAGCUGCUGCCACUGCCAAAGAGGCUCGGUCUGCUUUCCCUGCGAGCAGCAGGGCCGUCAGUGCUUACUUAGAUGCGUCUGCUGAGCACCGCAAGUCGCAGCACGGCAAGGCGAAGCACCGGAGGUGUAGGAGCCAAGAGUCAGGACUGGUGCAAACAGGAGAGAGCAUGCCAGGCGCCAUUAUGAGAAGAGAUGGAAAGACAUCAGCUGAUGUGGAUGGCAAGGCACGGAAAGGGAAGGGUGUUGCGAAGGAUGAUAUGGAGGUUUUGGAGGUGUUGAAAAGGAGUGGUAGAUGGGAGAGAAGCGGUGACACCUACACAGAAGGCAGCAGUGUUGUGGGCAUGCCAGGCUCUCAAGAAACACCCAGAGUGCCUGGUUUGUCAGUCGCCGAGCAGACAAGGGCAGAGGCAAAGAAGCUCCUCCAGCCAGAGGCAGGAAGCAGUGGCAGUGCAGAGGAGCAUGCAAGCAAGGCAGCACAACUGAAAGGACAGGAGCCCGGUUCUUUAUGCACCGAAGUGACAAGGGCAGAGGCAAACAACCUCUUGCAGUCACAGGCAGGAAGCAGUGGCGGUGCAGGGGAGAAUGCAGGCAAGGCAGCACGGCUGAAAGGGCAGGAGGCCCUGGACUACCUGUAUCUCCCUGCAAGCGCGCCUGACGUGCCCGAGUACCCAAUGCGGCUGGUGGAGAUGACAGCACGUGGCGUGCAGGCAGGGCUGCAGGUUGUGAAGGCAGGGAUAGGGGUGGUGGAAGGGGUAGGGGGGGCGGUGGUGGAGGAAUACAUGGAGGAGAGUGGAGGGAAAGAGAUGGGGGGCGAGAAGGUGUUGGCAAAGGCGUUGACAAGUGAGAAACUGGAAGGGGCAGCAGGAGUGGCAGUUAAGGAAGAGGCGCAUCUAGGGGAGGUGGCUAUGGAGACAGAUGCAACGGCAGCAGCUGAUGCAGCAACACGCUCAGACGCCUCAGCUGUAGGUGGAGAAUCAGUGGGUGAAUCAGCUUCACCUGCUGCAGCUGGUGGGUCGGCAGAUUCCAGCAUGUGUGCUUCUGCCUCCUCUUCUACUGCCUCUGGGUCUGGUGAGAGGGGUGGAGCUCCACCAAUCAAAACAGGUGGGGGGUCGUGGCGUAAAAUGAAAGGGCUGCGGUUGGCGUUCAUGAAUCUGGAGAAGGGGAAGAAAAAGGCAGACCUGCCUGGACCGAAACAACCACAGGAGGCCACAGGAGCACGAGGGGAGGAUGGUGCGGAUAUGAAGAGGGAGGAUGGCGCGGAUAUGAAGAGGGAGAAUGGCGUGGAUAUGAAGAGGGAGGAUGGUGCGGAUAUGAAGGGGGAGGAUGGCGCGGAUAUGAAGGGGGAGGAUGGCGCGGAUAUGAAGAGGGAAGAUGGUGCGGAUAUGAAGAGGGAAGAUGGUGCGGAUAUGAAGAGGGAAGAUGGUGCGGAUAUGAAGAGGGAGGGUGGUGCGGAUAUGAUAAGGGAGGGUGGUGCAGAUAUGAAGAGGGAGGAUGAAGGGGGACAGGACAGCAGGCCAGAGAGGGGUAUUCCUGGGGGCAGUGACGAGGGCCAUCUCAGAGUUUUAGAGGCUGCUGCGUCUUGUGAUAGGGAGGGGGGGCUGACAAGUGUGAUGGAAGGCACAGAGGAGGGAGGAGGUGGGGAGGGCAGUAGCAGCACGGCAGGCAGGGAGCAGAGUAGUGCAGCCACAGGUGUGGGGAGCAGUGGGGACGAGGCAGGGGAAACAGAUAGGAAGACUGAGGGCGUGCGUGUGUCAGAUGCUGGGGAGGGAGAAGGGGCAGUUGGAGCCCAAUCCGAGGACGAGCGUGGAGAGGAACAGGGAAGAGUGGUGGUGGUUGAGAGGUGGAAAGGAGGGGCGGAAGGGGAUGGAGGAGGAGACCUUGGGCUUGCGAGAAUGGAAGUGCCAGUGACUGCGUCUCUGCUGAGCUCCUCACUGGCUGCUGCCCGCUUUGUGCUGGGGCUGAAGAGAGGGAGGGCCCUGCUUAAAGAUGGUAUCAGUGAGGGGGAGGGGGCUGGGGAGGAGGUAGGUGCUGGAGCUGAGGCGGAGAGUCAACUUGCUGUUGCUACAGGUGCUGCUGCUGCAAGUGGUGCUGCUACAGAUGGUGCUGCUGCAAGCGCUGCUGCUACAGGUGGUGCAGCUUCAGGUGGUGCUGUUGCAGCUGUCGCACAGACUGUUGAUUUGAGUGCUGCGGAAUCUAGUUCCUCUGCGGUUACUGGUGCCAGAGGAGGGCGCAUGGAAAGUGAUGCAGGUGGUGCUGAUGCGGAUGGUAAAGCCCUUGACGCCAAGCCCGCUGAAGCCAAUGUCGAUUCCAGUGCUGAUGAUACCCAUGCUGAGACCAACGCAUCUGGAGGAGGGAGUGCAGAUCAAUUCUCUCCCAGUGCAGGAGCCGUGUCAGUGUCAGACGGUGCUGGGUCCACUGCUAGUCUAGUCUGUCCCAGUGCCUCCAGCCCCAGAAGUUCCGGCCCUGCCUCUGCCACUGUCACUGCCCCAGCCACAGCUGCAGCUGCUGCUAGUAUGCCUGCCGCAACUACAGGUGCUGCUGCCACUGUGCCCCCUGUAGCUGCUGCUGCUGCUGCCACCGCCAACAGCAGGUCCGCAGGAAGCAGUCUGAAUGCGAAAAGCAGUUUCAAAGCAGCUGCUGCUCGAAUUGUCAAGCCUGCCGCUAAGCCUCACAGGACCACGUUUUCUCAGGUGGUCACUGGUGCCACGGCCCCUACUGCAGCUCCAAAUGCCCCUGUUCCAGAUACCGCCGCCACUGCUGCUUCGUCUGUCCCAAACACACGUGUGGCUGCUGAGGCUGUUGCUCCUGUUGCUGUACCUCCACCUGUCUCUGCUGCCCCUGGUUCUGCCUCAACAGUCCUGGCUGCUUUUCCUGGUGAAUCUGUGCCAGUGCCUGCGGCUUCACACGAUGCUGUCCCUGGUGCCUCAACAGCCUCUGCCUCGUCUCCCCUUCUUUACAAAAUAGCCACAUCCGAACCAGUCACAGAUGCCGACAGAGCUGCUGUUCCCGCUCCUGCUACUUGUGGUCCCAUGCUGCUUGCAACAGCAGCAGCAGCGAACGCCGAGUCAACUCCCCACCUGGACUCGCUCUCUUCCUUCCCUCCUCUCAAUCGGCAUCAGAAUCAACCGAGACCACCAAGUGCUGGCAGCACCGGAUCGUCUGGAAAGCUCCGGAAGCCAUUCCAGGGAACAGUUACCAAGCUGAUAGGGUCCUUUAGUAGACGUGGGCAGGAGAGACUGGCUGAGGUUGCCAAGGCUGCCGCUGCUGCUGCUGUGGCCACUCCUGCGGCUGCUGCUGCGACAGCAAAUGCUGAUUCUGCUGCUUCUGUCACUACCUCUGCUACUGAUUCUCCAGCUAGCGAUGUGCUCUUGCUGCCCACUGCAGCAGCUGCUGCUGCUGCUGCUACUGGCACUUCAACUCACAGCAGCAGUGAGCGGCAGUUGUUGGUGACCUUUCCGCCUUCUGAGCUCUCUCAGUCAGCAGCAGAGGCGGAACAACACAGCUCGCACUCCACAGUUGCACCGGCAGCAGCUGAAUCAGCAACAGGAGCAGCAGAUGGAGAUGCAGCAUCGUCUGGAACCACAGGCGCUCCUGCGGUGCACAUCCCCAUUGAUUCGCCGCCUGCAAGCCACCGACAAUCGUCUCCCGAAACCAGAGCAAAGCCCGCCCAAAGCCGUGUGUCUUGGAAGGGUGUUGUGGGCCGGGUUGGAGGCAGCACCAGUGCUGCUGUGGUCAACACGGGGAAGAGUGUGAAGGGGGCUGCAUCGGCCAUGCACUCCGCUGCUGCUGCUUUCCUCGAAGGCACGUCGGAGAAAGUUCGGGAGACGUUUCACGAGGCGAUGGAGGCGUUUGAAGUGGCGGAGGAGAGGGUAGAGGAGUUGCGCGCUGAGGAGGGUUUUAAAGCGCAAGUAGGUGCAAUGAAGGCGGUGCGCUCUGUUGAGUCUUUCUUUGAGAGCCAGGCAGGUAACCUGGCAGAAGCUACCCUUGUGCCCAGAAUGGUCGGAUCAGCAACAGUUGCAGAGCUCCGGUCGCACUGGCCCCAUGACAGCUUCCGGCUGCCGGCAUCUCAAAGCGAAGGGGGGUCACACAGGGGCGCGGACAGCACUGAGGUCCUGCCCGUGCCUUCAAUAGAGGAGCUCCAGAGCAUGGCAGGGGCGGUAGCAGAUGCUGAGCUGGAAUAUAUUGGGCAGAAUCGACCCUCUGGAUUGGUCAAGAGCGCAAGUGUGGCGGCAGGGCAGGUGGCAGCAGCGGCAAGGAGAGGCCAGGAUGUGGUGGCGAAGGUGGGGUCGGUGGUCAAGGGAGCCGUGGGGAGAUCCCUGGCGGCAGGGUCAGAGGUGGCUGUAGCAGAGACGAAGGCUCUGAUGGCCGGCACGGCUGUAGCGCUGAUUGCUGUGUCGGGCAAGCUGGGAGAGGUGAAGGAGCAAGUGGGACAGGAUGUGGAAGUGGGGUUGGCGGAGUGGCGGCGGCGCAUGCAGGAGGCGGGGCACGGGGCGGAGGAGGAGGAGGACAUCAGCGAGAUGCGGCAGGUGCGCAUCCAGCUGGGCAACGAGGAGUACGACGCCGGGGCCAUUGUCGGUGGCGACGUGACGAUUCACCUGAUCAAGGCCCGGGACUUGGGGGUUAGACCGGAGAAAACGCAUCCGUAUGCGGUGAUUCACGUGGAGGGGCGGCGGCACCGGUCGUCGGUGUGCAAGGGGACGGUGUGCCCGCAGUGGGACGAGCUGCUGGUGUUCAAGGGCGUGUCCACUGCGUCCAGCAUGACUGUGUCUAUCUUCAGCCAGGAGACCAUUGGCCCGCAUAAGUUCCUUGGACAGGUGGUGCUGCCUCUGGUGGACGGCAGGGCGUUGAACCGCGAGCCCGGGUGGCACAAGCUGAGUCGGCGCACGGCGCAUGAGACGGUCAGGGGGAGCGUGUUCCUCUCCACGUCCUGGGAUGCCACGGAGCUCGAGCUCAUGGCGCUGCAGCUGCGCGCCAAGGAGGCGGAGCUGGACGCCUUGGAGGAGCGGCUGGCGCAGGAGAGGGAGGCGCGGCCGCGGGAGGCAGCCAUGGCAGCAGAGAGUGUGGCCAACCCGCACCAGCUGCACGCGCACCCGCCCGUCACCCCCGUGCGCACGCCUGGAGGCGGGCCCAUUCUGCGAAGGAUGUUCACCCUGAGGGGGCAGGGGGGGCCGGGGGUGCUUCCGGCUGGAGCCUCCAUGUCGCCGGGCGUGGCGCAGCAACAUACCGCCAGGGGGCAGCUCAAGGUGAAGGUGGUCGAGGCACGGCACCUGGCAGUGCCAGCAGAGUGGCUGCGCAUUGUGCAUCGCAUGCGCGCCUUUGCGGCUCUCUCCGUGGUGUCCGCGUCGGGCACCAGCACACUGCCCGUGAAGACGCGGGCCAUCAAGGGCAGCUUCUUCCCCAAGUGGAACGAAACCUUUGCCAUCAAUGAUGUCGCGAUCACCUCCUCUUUGCGGGUGCAGGUAUUUGAUAAGCCAAAGCUGGGCAGCCCUAAUCUCCUGGGCGAAGCCACAGUGGACGUGACCAACUUCAAGGAUGGCUUACCACAGUACAUGCUGCUGACUCUGAAGCGAAGCGCAGGAAGAGAAGGGGAGCCGGAGGCGGUGGGCGGCAGCAUUCGGCUGCGAGUGCAGUGGAUGGUGGACCAGGGGAAGAAGACGGAGGAGAAGACAGGUGUCAACUUCGUGUUGAACCUGCGCGGGCUGACCCUGUCCAUAGUGGACCGUCUACCGCGGGAGAUAAUGCUGAUGCUGCUGGAAGACAUCUGCUGCUCCUGGGAGGAGUCGGUGAAGGAGGUGGCGGGCAAGGUGGAGGUGGGCAAGCUGCAGGUGGACAACCAGCUGCUCACCGCCCGCAACCCCGUCGUGCUCUCGCGCACCAUGGCCUUCCCAGGAGAGGCCCUAUUCCUGGAGCAGGGCAAGGAGCUGGCGAGCCAGGGCCAGGCGAAGCUGACCAGCAUGCUCAGCGGCGACCCCGCCGCCGCCAAGGAGAAAGAAAAGGCGUUUGUAUCCGUUGAGUUCACGCGGCUGCUGCAGCACCCGUCCAUCGUGUACUACAAGCACUUCCUCUUCCAGCUGCAGGAGUUCGACCUGCACUUAGAGGAGGACUUUGUGGAUACGGUGGUGGCGUACCUGCAGCAACUGCCCCUGGAGGACCUGUGGCAGGAGAAGGAGAAGGGGGGCGGGGAGGAGGAGAAGCAGUCGGAGGAGGAGGACGCGCUGGAGGACAUGAGCGGGGCUCCCAUCGCCAAGUCCUUCCUGGCACGCGACACCACCGUGGUUUCAUACACUUCCCGCCGGCACUUAGUUAAGCCCGAGCAGAUGCUGAGCCCCUUGGUCAACCGCAGCAGCUGGGUGGCGGGCAACCAGGGCCUGCGAUGGUACUUUGAGCGCUUCCAGGUGCAGCCGAUGCGCAUCAACGUCACGCUCGUCAUGAACCCUGUCAAGGGCGACGCGCCGCCCCUCUCAGCCGGCAGCUCCGAGUGGCACGUCAGGACUGUCGCGUCCUCGGCGGGUUUCCCCCUGGUGUCGCUCACACGAGCACCUCUGAGACUCAACAGUCUGGUGCUGGACAACGCGUUUCAGAACCAGAACACGCUGCUGACGUACGUGCUGCGGCACUACGUGGUGCAGCUGCUGCAGGGGUUGCACAAGAUCCUCGGCUCCGUGGAGCUGCUCGGUGCUCCGCUGUCCCUGGUGGACAACCUCGCCACGGGGGUCAUGGACUUCUUUGUGGAGCCCGCCUCUGCCACCACGCCCGAGGAGUUUUUCAGUGGGGCGAUGAAGGGUACAGUGAGUCUGGUGAAGCACUCGUCGUACGGCGUGCUGCACUCCAUCAGCUCCCUCGCAGGCGGCAUUGGCAUUGGGUUCGCCAAGCUCACAUUCGACGACUCUUUUAUCCAGAGGUACAGCCAGCGCCCCGAAGGAGCUUCGCAGCAAGUGCUGCGAGGAGCGCAGGACCUGGGGCUCGGCUUCGUGGGGGCGGUGACAGGGCUGGUGCUGCAGCCGCUGGAGGGCGGGCGCAGGGAGGGGGCGGUGGGGGCAAUGAAGGGCGUGGGGAUAGGCGUGGUGGGGCUGGUGACCAAGCCGCUGUCGGGGCUGCUGGGGUUCGCCUCCACUGUGACCGAGAGUGCCGGCACGGGGAUUCGGGCCAUGGGGGGGGAUGUGACGAGGCGGAGCGUGCCGCGGAUCCGACUGCCGAGCACCUUCGGGAGGAAUGAUGCCAUUGCGCUGGAGCCGGAGGACAGUGUGGAGCUGAAGCUGGUGCUGGCCAUCCUGGACUUUGGGCGCUACCGCAGCGAGCAGCUGCUGGACCACCUGCAGACGUCGGCGCGCAAGGCAGUGCUGUUCACCGUGGUGCGCCUGCUGUUUUACGACUGCCAGAGGAACGUCUUCUUCUGGCAGAUACCACUCAAAGACAUAACCUCAGUGAUGGGCAUGGAGGGGCGGCUGGAGAGCAUCAUUCUGUACGAUGCCGAUCUCAAGUUCGCGGGGAAGAAGCUACCCCUGCGCUUGCCGUCGCGCAAGGUCAUCAAGACCACCACCCGCGAGCUCCACAUGGCGCUCUUAGUUAAGCUCAACCGCCACUUAGCCCGCGUCCGUGCAUUGAACCCCUCCACCGCCUCCUCCUCUCGCCGCACGUCCCGUGACUCGUCUGCUGCAGCCGCUGCUGAUGCCCUGUCCAACUCCUCUCCUCCCUCGUCUGCCGCCCCCUCUCCUGUUCUCUCUCCUCCCGCUUCCCCUGGUGGUCUGACUCAAGUUCGUCGGAGUGCGUCCGAGUCUGGUGCUGCCGGCAGCAAGGCAGCGGCAAAGGGCGGUAAGGCCGCUGGUGCUGGCAGCGGUAGCGGCGGCGGCGGUGGUGGUGGUGGGGGGGGCAGUGGUGGGAGAGCCGGCCCCAGGAGACAGUUUUCCCCUACAAAGAAGUUGACUGCCCAUAGAGAGGAGGGCGAGGACGAGGAGGCGAAUUCUGGACCUUCUGUGUUGCCCCCAUGCAGCUGGUAGUUCGGCUGGAGCUGCAGCCGCCACGGCAGCGGCAAGGUUGCAGCAGCAAGUCAACGCCAGAGCUCCUGCUGCCAGUUUUGGUGUGGCUGCUGGAGGUUCGGCUAGCACUGACGUGAUUGGA